GAAGCUCCGAGAUCAAGCUCGACGAAACGAACUUUUGUCUCAAAGACACGUCACAGCCCAUUAGAAGAGCCAAUACAUGAUCGGAAUGAAUGACGUUGCAACACUUUUAUUUUUCAUUAUACAUUUUCCCCCCGCCUUCACUUCUAUUUUUCUUUCCGUUCUUUUUUGGUAUUUGUUGUCUCAUUUAUUCGGUUUUUGCCGUCCGCCUCCUCAUCGUUUGCCUCGUGCUCAAUUCUCAAUUUUCAAGAUUCUUCGAAAUCCUAAAUGAAUGUGUUUUAGGUAACACCACCAGCCACCCACCAAACAAUUAAGCCAUGUCGGAUUGGAUGGGAAGAUUGCCAUCGUCGAUCAGAGAGAAGCCAUUGUGCAGCAUUUGCAUUCCAGGAUCCCAUGACAGCGGAGCUUAUUGGUUCAAUCUACGUAUGGGCUAUGCUCACGAUCAGUCAUUUCUCCGAUAUGUACGCAAUUUCCGGUGUAACUUUGUGAAACGGAUUGUUGAACGAUGGGGCUUGACACAAUCGCUACCAAUCGACGAGCAGCUGCAAAUUGGUGUCCGGUUCUUCGAUAUUCGACUUGAGCUGGCGUUGGACAUCAAUGCAUCUGCGCGGCAGAAUCUGGCGCAGGAUCCGGACGAUUCUUCAAGAAAGAGUUGCUUCAUUGUUCAUGGACUCUACUCGAUCGACUGUCUCAAACUAGCGCAUCAGAUGGUGGAUUUCCUAGUGGCUCACAAAGAAGAGGUUCUGAUUCUCAAUGUCAGUCACAUCUAUCGUAUGACCGAAUACGACUUCCGACGAUUCUUCCUCCAUCCCUUCUCAAGCAUCGCCGAGCGAUGUGGUAUUUCUCUGUGCCCGACUGACGUCGAUCUCCGUAUUGUAACGCUCGACGAGCUUAUUGAAAAAGAGUUUCGAAUAAUAGUCGUGGGACCGUCAGAUCAAGACAUGGAUGGAUGCUGUUUCCGAUCUGCUGCGCUACAAAAUAAAUGGCCACGGAAAAAUAACACAUCCGAUCUACUUGUCUAUCUUCAAGCUCAGAUACAUGCUCCAGUGACUCCAGGGCUCCGUGUGUUGCAAGGUGUUAUUACACCAGAAUUGUCUGAUAUUUUCCGAAAUCUACGGAGUUCAUUGAAAAAAACGUUUUCCUUACCAAUGCGAGGAUUGCUGAAAGAGUGGCUUCAGCGGCUGGACGAUGAGGAAAUCGGAAAUUUGAACAUUCUGAUCUCCGACCAGGUUGAUACCGAAUUCUGCCGCUUGGUGUAUUAUCUGAACAUUAAUGAGUAUCCAGAACAUAAACUGGACAGUUAUUCUGUGAAUCCAUACCUGGAAAAUAAACCUAGAGCUCUCAAGACCAAAAACUGGGAUGCUGAAAUCACUUACCCGACCCCGCCAGAAUCCGACAAGAAAGAAAGGAGUGUGUUGAACGAGCCCCUGGAAGAUGGAGAAAACGAGCCGGAAUUUUUAAUUGAAGAAAUUUUUGACGAAUUCGAAGUUCCCGUUUCUUCAAUUCCCCCGAAGAAACCAAUCCGUACAAGCGUCAUGGUUCAACAAGUGGAAAUGGUUUUAGACGAAAGUACAUCUUCCGAAGACACCUCUUUAAUUCUCCCAAGAUCCCCAAUUCCGCCACCAAAACCCAAAAGAUUUUCGCAACGAAUUCCUCUGGUGAUGGAGGUUCAGCAGAUUCCAGAUGAUGAUUUUCCAUACUCAGAUGCACCUUGCGUCCCAUUCUCCAGAAGCAGUGACACUCCCGUUCGGAUUGCUCUACCAGUUACUGAGGAAGAGCUACGAUUGGCUGCUCUUGGGGAAUAUCCUCGUUAUGGAUCGCAGAGAUCACAGAGAUCACAGCUUUCCCCAAGGAUUGAAGAGAAGAAAGACGAUAAUUUGAAUGGAGUUGAGGAGAAGGACGGGUCUGAUGAUGAUGAAGCUCCGCUCAUAUCUCAUGAAGUUGAAAGUAUGGUUGAAGACUUGAUUAUCAAUUCAACAAUUGAUGCGAUGGAUAAUCUAGCUGAUCGAUUCAAAAGUCAUGAAUAGAAUUUAAAUACCACGUAGUUGAUUUUUAAUCAUUCAAUUAUGUAUCUAACUUCAAGUGUCCAACAUUUUUCCAAAUUAUUUUUGCACAACCUUUGAAAUCAUCAUUAAUCAUAUAACAAACCCAAACUCUCAUUUCCUUGUGAUAAUUAUUUGUAACAUUCCAAAAGUCUUCCCCGCUUUUUUGGCUUUUGCCGUGUACCAUUUUAACACAUUUUAUUAUCCACAUAGCUAUUUUCUUGCUUCCUUCUAUUCACGUCAAUGAUGUGCUUGUACUGCCACAGGAGAUACUUCAUUCCAAACUUUUCUAAAACAUAAUUUUCCAUUUCUUUUUUCUUUUAAAAAAUUCUACACAUUCCGAAAAUUUCUUCAAAAGUUAUUCAAGUUUUUUACCUGCUUUUUCUUUCAUAUUAGAGUAACAUUCAAUGGUUGAGUAGUGUUAGCUUGGUGCAUCGACGAUUUGAUUUUUAUGGUUGUAUUGAUUCAAUUUAUUAUAACUCCCCGGGCCCCCAGCUUUGAAGGUAGUCUACGUAGUUUCACUUUAUGUAUAAAACGAUGAAUUCUAAAUUUCCCAAUUAUAUUAUGCAGUGCAAUUGUUCUUGAUGUUGUACAAAAUGUGACCAAAUAAAUUUACUUUU